AUGAGAAAAUCAAAGGACGACUUGAGUUUAACGGCAAGACCGCCGACUCAGGACGAAAGAAGGACAAGAUCUUCCUCUCCUGUCAAGAAUCGAAAGAAUUUGCCUACUGACUUUUACGAUGACGACAAUGACAUCUGGUCCAUGAAUGAAAAUUCUUUCAAUGAUCAAGUUAAAUCGCUUUCAUCGUCACCCAUAGCCAAUAAGUUACAUAUAUCCACAUCACCUGGGCGUAGUAAGUACGUUAUUCCCAUUCCAUUCCAAUUAAAACUACCACCAAAGCUUAGUUCUGCGAACCAAAGUAAUGAUAAUUCGAGGUUAUCCUCACCGGUAGCCACUCCAAAGGGCUCAAGAGCUUCGUCGCCUUCGAGGUCUGUUUCUCCAAAGCAAAAGCCAAAGCAAGUUCGCUUGGUGUAUACGGGGAAUGGAUACGAAAAGUUAGAAACCUCUGACGAAGAAGAAAAUGCUUUCUAUGAAAAUGAGAGUCUCUUGCAGCAGAGAAUCAAAAUGUCUCCCAGAGUUAACCUUGGAUUCGUUAAACGCCAUGCAGCAGAUGAAUUGAGUGUUAUCAACGAAGGCAGUGAAACAAGCUCUAGACAAUCAACUCUCAAGAGAAACGGUUAUGCUGUUGGAGAAAAUUCUCAACCAUUCCCUCAUUCACCCGUUGGUUCACAGAAAACAAUACAGAACAGUUUGGGAUCUCCUGCUACAAUUAAAAGUUCACCUGAAAUUGAAAUGGCGAAUAAUCCAAACGAUACCAUUGUCGUGAACCCAAGCCAACAAUCCCAACUGCACAUCCAACAUGAAGCACAAUUUCAAUAUCAACAAAAUCCAAUGUACCUUCCAAAUCAUAAUUAUCAUAAUAAUCAUAAUAACAACGCACAGAAGACUGUAAAUGAAUCCUACAAUCAAUGGAGGGAAAUGGAAUAUUCACAGCCUUUAUAUGGUAAAAGCAUUGCUAGUCGUAGCGUGAGUGAUUCUCUGAUAUCAUCACUUGGUACUAUGGGUUCAAGUAUAAAAUACUCUAAUGGCCAACAUAAAGGUCCAUUGGUAGGAAGAACAGGUGUGAUCAUGCAACAUAGGAAGGAAGCACUUAGAGAUGCAAGCAAUAGUAGUCAAAGAAGUACUUUGAGUUCAGCAAGUAGAUCCUCUUGGAACUCGCUACAGGAAAGUGUCAAUCUUACUCGAAGAGAAGAAGAGUAUGGAAAUAAGCAAGUCGAAGCAGAUACAUUGGACCAGGAUUUUGAUGCUCCAGUCUAUUUAGGAAUGAAAAAGAGCCAAAGCAUAAAAUCAAACACUACAUUGGCAAGUUUAGAGCACCGAUUGAUGUAUUCUGACUCUAAUGAAUCUUCACUGGAUGUUGAUCUGGAAAAAUCGAGGAGUGUGCCCCCAAUCGAUGCAACACUUCCACUUCGUGUCAGUAGAGCUGCAACUCAAAAAUUAUCGCCAUCUCCUGAUUUGGAUGAGUUAUCGAAUCUCGAGCCGCCAAGUAUUACUGAAUUUGUACCACCUAGUCCAGCCGCUUCAGCAAUGGAUGAUCUCGAAAGUGUCAUAGAUGGAUACUAUAAUGAUACGACAAAUAUGGAAUCUGAUUCAGGACCACAAGAUCUGGAUGUUUCAAAAGUUUCUGAUGGAAGUUUCAACGAAGGUGCUGGUAAACGGUUCAACUUUCCUAACAGCAUGCUAAAUGUCACUAAUAGUGACAUUGCAAAGGAAAAGGCUAGAUCUGAUCAAUCUUCGAUUGCAAAUUCUAGGCGUAGCUUUGUCGACCACGAAGGACAAAUUGAAAUACCAGACCUUGAGUCUAUAGCACUCAAUCCGAAAAGGAAAAGCUAUGACUUCAAUUCUGACUAUGAUUUUGGCAGUCAGUAUACUGCUAGUAGUCGAUCUAUGACAAAAAGUGCGACCUGUAGUGCUUUAGAGCCUUUAGGGGUGCCUAGCAAGGAAGCAAGGGAAUUCGCCAAAAGUCAAUUCAAUGUUUUACACCCUGGAGAAGACUCAGAUACUGACAUAGAUGAUAUCAAGAGCAUCAGGUCUAGUAAAUCUACUCCAAGUAUGAACUUAAACUUGGAACAAUUUACCUAUAACAACAAAAAUGUACCUGAAUCAGUACCAUUAGAAAUUAAACAGCCAACAAUUAAUCAAACUGGUGUCAGAUCGUCUCAACCACCCGUCAGGCAAAGCAGACAUACCAGACAUAAGUCGAUGUUCAAUUUCGACUUCAAUUUAAAAGAAUUAACACUGAAACUUACAAGAUCAAAAUCGCUGCCUGAUAUUCCUAACGACGAUGAGAUAGAAGCAACAAAUGAGCUUACUGGUACAUACCUCGCAGAGAAUAAAUCAGAGAUACAUUCGGGUUCAAGCGCAAGUGACGAGAUCAUUGUAGCAGAACCACCUACUCCUGUGACGUAUGCCGUUGACUUUAAAGAUAAUCAAAACAUAAAGAGCACUUCCGAUGAUGACGCUUUCCACAAGAAGUAUAAUUAUGUUGAGAUCAAUCGUACCCUAAGCAAACUCAACCAAGCCAGCGCCGAAAGAUCUUUACCAAUCUCAAAUGGAACUGCUUCAAACGCAUCUAGUUAUCAAUCUAGUAGAAGUUUCAAUAGUAAUUCAACUACAGGUACACUGGCUUCAGAAACUGAGAGUGUUAUAAUAGAUCUCACUGAAGACAAAUUUGAAGUUUUCACAGUGCAAAGAAAUGAUACCGUCACUUCAUAUAAGUCAGUAACGGAAAAGACUAAAGAUGGAAAGCCAAUUGAUGUCGUUCUUGUAGAAGACGAAGAUGACGACCGAGACUUAGCUAGUCUUUAUUCGAAGUACAGGAAUUGUUGGGUAGCUAGGUCUAAUUCCACUACAUCUAGCGCAUCAAAUUUUUCAAGUAUAGCGUCAUUUGAGAGUGGUGCUUCUGGUAGGUUGGUAGUAAAGCCUAGUAUUUCCACUAAUUCAAUCCCAACUAGAAAAAAUGUUCUAUUGAAUGCUGGAAUUCCUAGUUCAAAAUCCACUAAUUCAAUUCGUAGGUAUCAGUCAGCCAGAAUCCAAGUUCCAAUUCUGGCAUCCAAAAAUAGUCUAAGAGCUCCAAAACCUCCUGCAAAGCUGAUCAAAAGGAUGGAACAACUCGCUCAAAGGCGUAAUCAAUAUCUAGCUGUUAAUCGGGGUGAUAAGAACAUAGAAAAGUCACUUCCUCCAAGUCCUUCAAGUACUUUGAGUUCACUUCAAAAUAACUUCGACUAUGAAUCAGGAUACAGCUUCCAUUCCUACAUGGAGGAAAAUGAAAUAGCAUAA